CUCACGAACGAUGGCGAUGCGAGUGCAUUGAAUCGACGAGCUAUCCGGAAAAGGGUUCUUGCGUUCUUGUGGAAGAGGAGGCAAGGACGUGGAUUGUGGAGUCUCGAGCGGAUUCUGAAGUCGAGACGGUAAUGGCUUCGACAGCUCUUAUAUGUGACACAGAACCAUGGAAGGACUUGAAGGAACAUAUUAAUGUGAUAGAAAAGACACACUUACGAGAUCUGAUGAAUGACGUCGAUCGGUGCCAGUCGAUGAUGGUAGAGUUUGAUGGAAUUAUUUUGGACUAUUCACGGCAACGUGCUCGCCUUGACACUACAGAAAAGCUUUUCAAACUAGCAGAGGCAGCGGAUCUUAGGAAAAAAAUUGACAGCAUGUACAAUGGAGAGCACAUAAACAGUACUGAGAAUAGGUCCGUUCUGCAUAUUGCUUUGCGAGCUCCAAGAGAUAAAGUUAUUUGCAGUGAUGGGAAAAAUGUGGUACCUGAUGUUUGGGAUGUCUUGGACAAGAUUAAAGAUUUCUCUGAUCGGGUGCGAAGUGGAUCUUGGGUUGGAGCGACAGGGAAGGCAUUAAAAGAUGUUGUGGCCAUUGGUAUUGGUGGCAGCUUUUUAGGCCCAUUAUUUGUGCACACUGCUCUUCAGACAGAUCCAGAGUCUGCAGAUUGUGCCAAAGGACGACAGCUGCGAUUUCUUGCAAAUGUGGAUCCAGUUGAUGUGGCUAGAAAUCUCAAGGGAUUAAAUCCUGAAACUACCUUAGUUGUGGUCGUCUCAAAGACUUUUACAACAGCUGAAACCAUGCUGAAUGCUAGAACAAUGAGGGAAUGGAUCUCGUCAGCUCUUGGGGCUCAGGCAGUUGCAAAGCACAUGGUGGCAGUCAGUACAAAUCUUACGCUAGUAGAGAAGUUUGGUAUUGACCCUGCUAAUGCUUUUGCAUUUUGGGAUUGGGUUGGUGGUCGCUAUAGUGUUUGCAGUGCUGUUGGUGUACUUCCAUUGUCUCUCCAGUAUGGUUUUCCAAUUGUUGAGAAGUUUCUGAAAGGUGCUUCUAACAUUGAUAACCAUUUCUACUCCACUUCAUUUGAAAGGAACCUACCUGUACUUCUAGGUUUGUUGAGUGUGUGGAAUGUUACAUUUCUUGGAUAUCCUGCAAGAGCCAUCUUGCCUUAUGCUCAGGCACUUGAGAAGUUUGCCCCGCAUAUUCAGCAGGUUAGCAUGGAGAGUAAUGGAAAAGGUGUCUCAAUUGAUGGUGUUCCACUUCCCUUCGAAGCUGGCGAAAUAGAUUUCGGAGAGCCUGGAACAAAUGGUCAGCACAGCUUCUAUCAGCUAAUUCAUCAAGGAAGAGUGAUUCCUUGUGAUUUUAUAGGCUCAAUCAAGAGUCAGCAGCCAAUUUACCUAAAAGGGGAAGUAGUUAGUAACCAUGAUGAGCUCAUGUCAAACUUUUUUGCACAGCCGGAUGCUCUUGCUUAUGGGAAGAAUCCAGAACAGUUACUUCAUGAGAAUGUACCUGACCACCUUAUUCCUCACAAGACCUUUUCUGGCAACCGGCCAUCUCUGAGUCUACUAUUACCCUCAUUUGAUGCUUAUAAUAUUGGGCAGCUACUAGCAAUCUAUGAGCAUAGAAUUGCAGUUGAAGGCUUCAUAUGGGGGAUCAACUCUUUUGACCAGUGGGGUGUGGAGUUAGGGAAGGUACUGGCAACUCAAGUUAGGAAGCAACUGCACUUGUCUCGCACAGAAGGAGGGCCUGUUCAGGGCUUUAACUUUAGCACAACCACUCUGUUAACAAAAUACCUUGAGGUCGAACCUGGUAACCCAUCUGAUUCAAAUGAGCUGCCAAGGCUGUAACUUGGAUCAGCCUUAUACACCACACAUAUCCUAUGUUUUAAGCUUUUUCUGUCGGCCACGAAAUAAAACUUUUGAGUUUUCAUAUUUCAGGAAUCAGUACUCUGGCAUUUGUGAUGAUUGUAAUAUGUAUGACAUCAAGCAGUCAUGUUUUGACCAACCCUUGCCUUCUAUAUUUGACACGAUAAUACGAGUGCAUCGAUUUAUGUUUGGAUC